AUGGCGGGCGGGGCCAAGGCACGGCGGCUCUUGCUCGCCGGCGCUUUGCUCCUCCUGAGGCUGCUCGAUCUCCCAUGGGCCACGGUGGCGGUCCGCAGGAGCGACUUCCCGGCGUCGUUCCUCUUCGGCACGGCCACCUCCUCCUACCAGAUCGAAGGUGCGUACCUCGAGGGCAACAAAAGCUUAAGUAACUGGGAUGUCUUCACUCACAUACCAGGAAGAAUCGAAGAUGGAAGCACCGGGGAUACCGCGGAUGAUCACUAUCAUCGUUACGAGGAUGACAUUGAGCUCAUGCACUCUCUUGGCACGAACGCCUACAGAUUCUCAAUAUCAUGGGCCAGAAUUCUUCCAAAAGGAAGAUUCGGCCAAGUCAACCCGGAAGGCAUCGCUUUCUACAACAAACUCAUCGAUUCACUCCUGCUCAGAGGAAUAGAGCCAUUCGUGACGCUGGCCCACUACGACAUCCCGCAAGAGCUCGUGGACAGGUACGGUGCGUGGCUCAGCGCCGAGGUCCGUCGCGACUUCGGCUACCUGGCGGACGUGUGCUUCGCGGUGUUCGGCGACCGCGUCAAGCACUGGGCCACCUUCAACGAGCCCAACGUCGCCGUGACCAAGGGCUACAUGCUCGGCACCUACCCGCCGGGGCGCUGCUCGCCGCCGUACGGCUCCUGUGCCCAGGGAAACUCCGACGCCGAGCCCUACGUCGCCACGCACAACGUCGUCCUGUCCCACGCCACUGCCGUCGAGAUUUACAAGAGGAAGUACCAGAGAAGGCAGAAGGGCAUGAUUGGCAUUGUGAUGGCAGGCUUCUGGUUCGUUCCACUGACGGACACACCAGUGGACCGGAUGGCGACUGAACGGGCACUGGCCUUCAGUGUUCCAUGGUUUCUUGAUCCGAUAAUCUACGGCGACUACCCUCCGGAGAUGCGACAGCUCCUGGGCUCCAAGCUGCCGACCUUCUCGCCGGAGGAGAGGAGGAAGCUGGGUUACAAGCUGGACUUCAUCGGGAUCAACCACUACACGACUCUGUACGUGAAGGACUGCAUGUUCACGUCAGAUUGCCCAUCGGGUCAGGAUAUCCAAUAUGCGCUGGCGGCCUACACCGGAGAAAGAAAUGGAGUUCACAUCGGACCUCCAACAGCUAUGCCACUGUUCUUCGAUGUUCCUGACGGGAUAGAGAAGAUGGUCACCUACAUCAUGAAGAGAUACAACAAUCUUCCCAUGUUCCUAACCGAAAAUGGCUAUGCACAGGGUGGAGAUGGUUACAACCAUGUUGAAGAUUGGCUUGACGACCAGGGUAGGAUACAGUACCUCGAUGGUUACCUCACAAAACUUGCCAAAGUUAUCAGGGACGGCGCCGAUGUUCGAGGUUACUUCAUCUGGUCUCUCAUUGACAAUUUUGAGUGGACAUACGGAUACACCCUCCGGUUUGGACUUCACUAUGUUGACUACCAAACACAGGAAAGAAAGCCCAAGUCAUCCGCGCUGUGGUACAAACGGUUCCUCCAAAGUUUACAUGAAGCUCAAUAG